AUGCGGGCUAAACUGACUGCAUAUGCGCUUUGCGCGGCUCCUAUGCUAUUCAAAACAACUACGUGUACCAAAUACGACGAAUACAUCCUCGCGCCAACUUCAAGGGUACUUUCGCCCAAGAAGAUUCAUCAAGUGGAAGGGCUUGUUACCGAAGCCGAAGUUUUGGUAUCACCUCGUGACGGUUCUUCGUCGGUUCUGAGUGGGAACUCAACAGUGACUCUAGACUUCGGUAUCAACAUUGCUGGCAUUGUCAGCGUGAGCGUUGGGCCAAACACUCCCCCUGAUGCCAUCGUUGGCUUCACGUUCUCCGAAUCGUCGUUAUGGGUCAACAGGCUCGCUAGUGACGGCACGGCGGAGUCAGGGCUGGACGCGGUACUCUGGCUGCCCGUCGGCGGUGGUCGAGAAUCCUACACCGUAGCUGAUGAGUUCCAGCGUGGAGGUUUCCGAUAUCUCACAGUCAUCAACAACCAACCGAACCAGGCCAUCGAAAUCAGCUCAGUGACCGUCAAUUACACCGCCGCACCGAAUCAGGACUUGAGAGCGUACACGGGCUAUUUCCAUAGCGACGAUGAGUUACUCAAUCGGAUUUGGUAUGCAGGAGCAUACACAAAUCAGCUUUGCACCAUUGACCCUCAACACGGAGAUUCCAUCGUGAAUCCCCUGGACAUGAGAGAUAAUAUCACACUGCCAGAAACGAACGCCUGGUACCUGAACUGGACUAUCACAAAUGGCACGAGUGCCCUUGUGGAUGGUGCCAAGAGGGACAGGAUUGUGUGGCCCGGCGACAUGGCCGUCUCGAUGCCAGCAGUCAUGGUUAGCACGUACGAUAUGGAAAGCCCGAGGAAUUCCCUUGAGUCGCUUAUCGCCUGGCAAGACCCUGACACCGGAAGGCUACCCUAUGUCGGAUACCCUUUCUCGUAUGCGGGGACCGUGAGUUUUACUUAUCAUCUCCACAAUUUGAUAGGGAUCUCGCAGUAUUAUCAUUUUACGGGCGACUUGGGAUUUCUGAAGGACAAUUGGAAUGCAUUUGUCAAGGGUGUAGGUUGGUCGCUCGGCUAUGUUGAUUCUACAGGAUUGAUGAACGUAACAUCCCCGAGCGACUGGCUACGCGUCGGCAUGGGCGGACACAACAUCGAGGCGAACGCUAUCCUGUAUUAUACGCUACGGCGUGGUAUGGAGCUUGCAACCGUCUUGAAUGACACCAGUAUAUAUUCGCUUUGGGCUGAUACUGCUAGUGGCAUCAAAAUGGCUGCGAACACACUCCUCUGGGACUCAGAAGCCGGCCUAUACAGAGACAAUGAAACCACAACUCUUCAUCCGCAAGAUGGGAACGCUUGGGCGCUGAAGGCGAAUCUGACACAAUCACCCACGCAAACCGGACAGGUGUCGCGCGCACUUCAGGCACGUUGGGGCGAAUUCGGCGCACCUGCGCCAGAAGCUGGAACACCUCUUACGAUCUCGCCGUUUAUCGGAAGCUUUGAGCUGGAAUCCCAUGCAUUGGCUGGCAACAUACAAGCCACCCUGGCGCUUAUGCGAACGCAAUGGGGUUUCAUGCUGAACGACCCUCGGAUGACAAAUAGUACCUUCAUCGAAGGGUUCAGUGCCGACGGCUCGUUACACUACGCUCCGUAUAAGAGUGACGCGCGACUGAACCACGCUCACGGAUGGAGCACUGGUCCUACUAGUGUGCUUAGUAUGUACGUGGCUGGGAUCCAGUUGACGUCGGCGCAAGGGGCUACAUGGCAUAUCGCUCCCAUGUUAGGGGACUUGCAAUCUGUAGAUGCAGCUUAUUCCACCAACCUCGGAGAGUUUGGAUGCUCCAUCGUUAUGAAGAAAGAAGCGAUCCAGAAAAUGACCGUUUGGGCCCCGAAUGGUACGAAGGGGCGGGUGGUGGUGCCACAAAAGCUUUCGGGGCACUUGGUCAACAGGGAGACAGGCACCAAGUUGCCGAUGGUAGAUGGGUUAAUCAACGAUGUUGAAGGUGGCACGUGGGACUUGCUUUUGAAACUAAACCAUUGUUAA